CGAAGCAGGAAGAGGCGAAAGCGGAUCAUUGACGUCCGAGCAGCCGCAGGAGCAGAGGUGCGGUGUCGACGCUCUCAACUUCACUUACGAGCGAGCCACCUGCAGAACAGAGCCACAACACACUACCUGCUCAGAGAGCUGCCCUGGAGCUGACACCCCGGACUUUUUCUUCUCUCCUCCUCACUGAGGCGUUUACUUUCAUUUCGUGAAGCACAGCUGAGGAAGCGAGACGUUAGACCUGACUGCUGCUCAGAUUUGUGCUGGCUGUCUCUCUCAGCAUGGCUGCGACCACCUGUACCAGGUUCACCGACGAAUACCAGCUCUAUGAAGAACUGGGCAAAGGAGCCUUCUCAGUGGUGAGACGAUGUAUGAAAAUCUCCACUGGACAGGAGUACGCUGCCAAAAUUAUCAACACCAAGAAGCUGUCUGCCAGGGAUCACCAGAAGUUGGAACGUGAGGCUCGCAUUUGUCGUCUGCUUAAACACCCCAACAUUGUGAGACUCCAUGACAGCAUAUCCGAAGAGGGAUUCCACUACCUCGUCUUUGAUUUAGUCACAGGAGGGGAGCUGUUUGAAGAUAUUGUGGCCAGAGAGUACUAUAGUGAAGCCGAUGCCAGUCAUUGCAUACAGCAGAUUCUAGAGAGUGUAAAUCAUUGUCACCUAAGUGGUAUUGUCCAUCGAGACCUGAAGCCAGAGAACCUGCUUUUAGCCAGCAAACUCAAGGGAGCUGCAGUGAAACUGGCUGACUUUGGCUUGGCCAUUGAGGUGCAGGGAGACCAGCAAGCAUGGUUCGGAUUUGCUGGCACUCCUGGUUACUUGUCUCCUGAGGUGUUAAGGAAGGAACCCUAUGGGAAGCCAGUUGAUAUGUGGGCCUGUGGUGUGAUUCUCUACAUAUUGCUGGUGGGUUAUCCUCCGUUCUGGGAUGAGGAUCAACAUAGACUUUAUCAGCAGAUCAAGGCUGGUGCAUAUGAUUUUCCUUCUCCUGAGUGGGACACGGUGACCCCAGAGGCCAAAGAUCUGAUUAAUAAGAUGCUGACUAUCAACCCUGCCAAACGCAUUACUGCUGCAGAGGCCCUCAAACACCCAUGGAUCUGUCAACGUUCUACAGUGGCCUCCAUGAUGCACAGACAGGAGACUGUGGAAUGCCUGAAGAAGUUCAACGCCAGGAGAAAGCUAAAGGGAGCGAUCCUGACCACCAUGCUCGCCACAAAGACCUUCUCAAAAGGGAAUCCAUACAAGAAGCCUGAUAGUGUUAAGAUCAACAACAAAGGCAACGUAGUCACCAGCCCUAAAGAGCCAGUCCCCUCUCCUGCUCUGGAGCCUCAAACUACUGUUAUCCACAAUCCAACUGACGGAAACAAGGUAGAGUCCUCAGAGAGUGCCAACACCACCAUAGAAGAUGAGGAUGUGAAAGCACGGAAGCAGGAGAUUAUCAAAGUGACCGAGCAGCUGAUCGAGGCCAUCAACAAUGGAGAUUUUGAAGCUUAUACCAAGAUCUGUGACCCUGGACUGACCUCUUUUGAACCUGAGGCUUUGGGGAACCUGGUGGAGGGAACAGACUUCCACAGGUUCUACUUCGAGAACUCUCUCUCCAAAAGCCACAGACGUACCAUCCACACUAUCUUGCUGAAUCCUCACGUGCACCUGCUGGGAGAAGACGCUGCCUGUAUAGCCUACAUCAGACUCACACAGUACAUCGAUGCUAACAACAUGCCUCGCACCAUGCAGUCAGAGGAGACUCGGGUGUGGCAUCGCCGUGAUGGCAAGUGGCAGAACAUUCACUUCCACCGCUCAGGCUCGCCAACCGUGCCCACCAAUUAACGAGGCGUCCUGAGCCACGCUGCUCAGUCUAAGGGACUUCAUGUUAGAUGGCCACUGAGUGUCUGCUUUAUUCAAACCCCACCUUUACAACUUCUCUACCCUGUCAGUCUUGUUUACAUAUCAUCACUGCUGGACUUUAGCCUACAUACAGGUGGGGAAUUAAUAUCAUUUUGUAUUAGGACAUGUGUGUAUGUGUGCUACUCGCACGCUCUCCUCAUAAACCAUUGAUGUUGAAAACGUAUACAUUUUUUUUCUUUUUUUUUUUUUUUAAAUUUAAUGUUUCCAUUUUCUAUGGUGUGAAAGUAGGGAGUCACACUUGCUGAUAUAUCUUUGGGUGUGUGGGUACAUCAGGAAAUGAAAUGUUUGAUCGCUGUACACAAUCAGAUACAAAGUCAAACAGUACACAGACAAAUCUGGGUGCAUGUAUGACAUGAUCAUAUUAGAGUGAUUAUUAAUCUAGGCACAAUAUCCAUCACUGAUCUUGAGGAUAUGAUUAACAGCAAAUCACAGCCACUUCAGUCUUGUUUCAGUGCUUUUCUAUCUUAAGUGCAAUAUGGCAGAAAAAAAAAUAUAUGAAUAUGACAAAUGAGCUUGCUUUUGUUUUUUUGGUGAUGUUUUUGUGAAGUUGUGUGAAGUGCUAUUCCUGCUUUAUCUUUUAGAGAAUUGACAGUUGACCGUAAUCUUAGUUCUGCGAGCUUUGUUCUGUUUUAGGCUGCUAUGGCCUAAUGGGUUUAGCAUCAGUAAUGUGUAAAACUGACAAAGGAAGCACAUUAGCCUACAGUUCGCUAUUUUAUUCUGAUGCUUUCAAACUCAUCACAUUAACACAGUAGAAAAAUUGAAAAAUUUCAGUUAAAGAAUGUACUUUACCAAUCAACACGAAUAACAGGUAAAUCAAACUGUUUUAUUUCAGUCACUUAUUGUGAGUUUUAUGCUUCUGUUUUGAUUUUUAUAUUGUUUACUAACACUUGAUGGGGGUAUUCUGAAAAAAAAAAUGUGUUUUCUGUAUUUUUUCACUCCUUCCUUAAUUAAUUAGCAUUAGCUGUUAUCAUGUAAAGUAUGAAACAUCUUUUACCAACUCAUUUUACUUUUAUGUACUUCUUUGUUCCUCAGUGUCAUAUGUAUGCUCUUGUGAUGGUUCCCUGCUCAAGGGUGAAGUAGAAUAAAUGGUUUAUGCUUUAUAUUCCAGACUGUCCAUUUAAACUGAAUGAGAGAUGAGUAGUUAGUCCCAUAAAGUGGUUGCAAAACCUAUUACUAUUAUCAGUGCAAAAUUGCAACAAAAAAAAAUGCAAAAUAGGAAAAUUUGUAAGUAGAAACAUUUCACAGAUUAAUAUAAGCACAGUUGAUAUUAUUUGGUUUGAUAAGUAUUGGAUUUAAAUAAAGCUUGAGUUUGUUUACUCUUGAUUAAGACCUAAUGCUUUAUAACAUCAGUUUGUGAAAACCAUAGGGAGAAAACCUGAAUUUGAGACUGAUAAUCAAUGUUGACUUUAGAUUCAGUGUCUGAAAUGCUGUCAGCGGUUUGAGACAUGAAGAAAAUCAGUUGUUAUUUUGUUCCAUUUUAUUUGCUUUAUUUUUUAAUUUUAGUUAUUUUUGUUACUUUUUUUAUUCUAGUCCAGUUCCCUUUGAGCUUUUUUUGCUGUAACUAGAAAAAAAUCCCCAGUUACACAAACCUGUACACUAAUCAGAAGUACAAAUACUCAAGCAGUUAAAAAGGACACAAUAAAGUAAAUAAAUAAACUGUGAAAACACCCUUGUGUUUGUCAGUUAAUAAAUAUUCAUUUAAGAUUAAGAACAUUAAGAGAUAUAAAUAGUUUGUAUAUGUGGAUGCAUAGAACAACAUAUUACUGUGCACAGAAAAACAUAUUACCACCACAAUGCAUGAAUAAAAUAUUCCUGCCUAAUUUUUUUUUUUUUUAAUGUUAAUCUUCAAUUGGGUUAAAAGUCAGGUCUAAUGGAAACCUGUUAGCAAUUUUGUUGUUUCUGUACAUAAAAAAGAAUAAGUAAAUAAAGUAACGGUUUUUCUUUCAUUUUUUUGUGUAAACAUUUUUAUAAGGUGUGUCCCAUGUUAAAUAAAAAGCCCCAGGCACCAGCAUGUGA